AUGCUGCUGCGAUUCUACCAAAAACUACGAGGUCGGGAUGACUCCGAUCCCUGUCUUUAUAUUUUUCCCUUUUCUCUCCAUUCGAUUAUGGUUCAGUUUACCAUUGCAUUGGCACUGCGAAACAAAUCCCAAUCAUCUCGAGAAUUAGGUAGAAUUAAAUAUCGCCUAGUAAACCUUCAUCGGAAUGAAAAUUUAAGCGAGGACUAUCUUGUGCACGUAAAUCCAAGAGGGAAGGUGCCAGCCUUAACCGCCAAGUCAAUUCCGGCGCCUCUGACAGAUAGCUUAUCCAUCUCAUAUUGGGUCUGCGAGCAACAUCCAAGCUUGAUCCCGGAAACCCAUCGAACAACCAUACAACGCCUACUGUCCCAGCUUCACCGCAUUCAAGCAGACAAUAACCCAAAUCCGGCAGUAGAUGACAUUCUGGCUCGUACUGAUAUCUCCCUUGAGCAUCGUCGCGCUCUAGAGCAUAAACGAGACUGGCUCCUUGAUGUAACCCCGGAAGUACUUGCGUACGUUACUGCGGAAAACGUGGACUGGAUCAGUACCCUCCUCUUGACAGAUCCAGGUCAACCAUCUGUGGCCAGUCGUAACGUGAGUGAUUUCGUCGUUAUGAAUAAUCUCUAA